AUGCCUUCAACAGAGCACAAUGAUGUUGUUGAGGAAAAUUAUAAAGAUAAAGAUCAGUGGGUGUUCAGAAAAGUUUCAACUAAAUUAGAAUCAGAUGAAAGCGCUUAAGUAUUCCCGAAAGAUCCAAAGAAAAGAAAAUUAUUUGAAUUGAAUACUAAGAAAAUUGACAGUAAAUUUGAGAAAAAGCUAAAGUACUAGUUUUAAUAUGGAAGAGCCCCACAAGAUAUUAUUGACAAAAAUAGGAAGUUUUUAGCUGAACCUCAAACAGAGAGGGGUUCUCUUACAAGAGAGGUAUAACAGUAAACAAAUUAGUUUAAGAUAAGAAAGUUAAGUCAAGAAUAAAUUCUACCAAAAGACUAUAAAUUCUAGUUCUACUAAAAAACGGGAUCAAAAGAAAGACCAAUAAAAAAUGAAUAAUUGCUAGUUGAUUAGAAGUAUAAUUCUUAGAAACAAAGAGAAUUAGAUUAGAAAAUGUCAGAAAUUGAAACCCAGAAAACAAGAAAAUUUAUUGCAUAGUUAAUGAAGAAUGAAUUUUAUGAUUUACCAAAGGAGAAAAAAGAUUUUGUUAUUUAAAAUACAAUCAAAUCAUAAGAGAGGUUCAGCAUUGAAACAGUGGCAGAUAGUUUAAAGGAAAUUUUAAAUGCAACAAGACCAUUGUUAAACUCUAAAAUUGAAAAUAACGGGAAGCAUAGUUUCUUCUUUGUUUUUGAGCCUGUACUUUAGCUAAUGAUAUAAAUGCUUGAUUCUAUGUUUAAACUGUUCAACACUAAAAUUACCACCUAAAAAAAUGAUUAUGAAGGGAAAAUUAAUGAAUUAACGAAACCAAAGCCUAAAACUAUAAAAGAAAUGCAUAUUGAUUUCCUCUAUAAUUAGAUUGAAGAAAUAUCAGGGAAACUAGAGAAAUCGCAUGUAGAUAGAAGAAAAUUAGAAAAAAAAUUGGGACAAUUAUAGGAAAAAUUGGAUAUUUUAAUGGGGGAAUCUGCACUUGAGACAUAUCCAUAAAUGUCUAAUUUUUGCUUUCAAAUGUAAAAGUAUCUUAACAAAUCAGACAUGAUAAAUAACUAACAACUUACACAAUUAUUUGGACUUUAGAAAUUGCUUAAUUUUGAAGACCCUUUGAAAAAUAAAUUUAUGCUUAAGGAACGAUUAAAAAAGUUAAAAGACGUUUAAACAGAUGAUGAAAAACAAAGGAUACCGAUUGAAGUCUAGCAGUAUUUUGAAUAAGAUAAGCUUGAAGUUGGUAGAGAGGAAGUAAAGUGUAUAUUUGAAUUCUUUGAUGCUCAGAUAAUGAGAGAAUUUAAAAAAGAUAGAACAUUAGAAAAAACUUCAUUCACUGAGCGUGUCAAUAGUAUCAUAUCAGAAUAUGUCAAUCCAGACUCCAGACUUUCUUAUCAUCUUAAAACUCAUAUGAUAAGCUAUUUGAUGUCCUAUAGCAAUAACAAUACUAGGCAAAGUAAUACAAAAAGUAGAUUGUAUCAUCUUGGAAAUAUGUUUGCAAGUAAAUUGCUCAACAGAAUGAUAAGUUUUGAUUAAAGGGUACAGCAAGGGCCAUACAUUCAUGAUGAGAUAAUGUGCAGAUUUAUGAUGGAAUUGUAAUGGUAAAAAUAAGAAGUAUUAGUGCAUUAUUAAAUUUGCGCUGAUUUUGACAUUAGAGAAUUCUUGCAGUAUAAUCAUGUAUACAAGUGCCUAAAAAAGACUUUCUAAAGUCUAAAAAUAAGGAAAGAAACUGACUAUUGGAGGAAAUUCCUUGGCUAUUUUAUGGAAUCAUUAAUUAUUCUUGAAGCAUUUGGAGUUAAUUCAUCAGAUUUUUUAAAGUUUUCUGAGCAGGAGUCUUUUUUGGAUACUGAUUAGUUACUUUCCAAUAUUAAUCAAAACAAGAACAAACUUAUGUUGACUGCUAAAGACAGAGUUAGAGUUUUGAUUGAAUUGGAAAUAGCACUAACUAAAAUGUAAUUAACUUAGAAAAGAGCUUCAUCAAAGAUAGAUAUAUUUCAAUCAAUGGAUUUUGAAUCAUAGAUUUCUGCAAGUCCUAAUCGUAAAAUUGAAUAAAGUCCAGGUGGUGUAAGUUUAAUGGGGAGUGUGACAGGAGGUGUUGGUUCUAAAAUAAAUUUAAAUAUGAUAGAAUAGGACAAUGAUAACUAAGUCAUUAAGUAAUACUAUUAUCUGCUAAUGAUUAAAAUGAUGGUUUAUGAUCCAAAUAUGCCGAGAUCAAUGAGAAAAUUAUUUAGCUUGAAUGGCGGAAAUAAUAAAGAAUCUUUGUGCAAAGAUAGCUUUAGAGUAGCCUUAGAAACAGGAUUUAAAGGAUAUGUAACAGACUUUGAGAUUGAGUUUUUGCUAGCAUAUUUGCCAGUAAGUCAGAUAGAGAAGGGAAAUGUGAGUGUUGAUGAGAAAAAUUAGAUAUUAAAACAUAUAGGUGAUUCAGAAGAACAAAAGAAACCAGAAUCAGGAGUUCAGAUCAAAUAGCCACGAAUUUAUCAUCUCAAGCAUCUAUAAAGAGAUCUUCAUUAUAUUGAAGAUUAGAAUGUAUUGUAAUCCACAACUACUAAUAAGCUGAGAGUCUUUAACUCACUUGAAAUUGCUCUUAGUCUUGAUAAGAGAUAUUUUUCUAUAGACAGAUUUAAUGCUUUAUAUCAAGUUUAUGAUAGAUGCGAGGCAAGUCAAUCAGGGGCUCAAACUCAUCUAUUACAUUUCUAUGAUCAAUUCUAUAAGUUAAUGAACUAGUACAUUUUUAUUGAUGGUGGAUAUUAUCAUGACCUUAGUGACUAGCAAAGAAAGGAAUUUAUCUCAAAACAAUAUUUGAAAAUGUGCUAAUCUCAUAGAUUUAAUACAAAUAAUCCUUAGGCAUUUGAUAAGCAAGCUCUGAUCUAGGUUCUUAAUGAAAUAAGAGUGUUUACAGGUUUCUAAGUAAAGAAUUAAGAUUUGCUGACUUCAUCCAUUGAUUCAGUAAAGAAAAAAUUGAAGAGAAAAUAGUCUGAAUCUCCUAAGCGAUCACUAUUAGAGAAAACUGAAUCCUAUUAAGCAAAUCAAAAAGUAUCUGCUUUUAGCAGCCAAGAUAAUGAGAUCUUGAACAAGAUAUCAUUUGCAUUUUAGAGAUAUGUUAAAUGA